GCCCGGUUCUCGUCCUUCUCUCACCGCCGCCCUCUUCACCAUGCAGUCCCGGGAAGAAGCUCCGCGCUCUCGCCGCCUCGCCAGUCCCCGCGGCGGGAGGCGUCCCAAGAGGAUUUCCAAGCCCUCAGUUUCGGCUUUUUUCACGGGCCCGGAGGAGCUGAAGGACACGGGCCAUUCUGCAGCCCUGCUGGCCCAGCUCAAGUCCUUCUACGACGCGCGGCUGCUCUGCGAUGUGACCAUCGAGGUGGUCACCCCCGGCAGCGGGCCUGGCACGGGCCGCCUUUUUUCCUGCAACCGUAACGUGCUGGCGGCCGCGUGUCCCUACUUCAAGAGCAUGUUCACCGGCGGCAUGUACGAGAGCCAUCAGACGAACGUGACCAUGCACGACGUGGACGCCGAGUCCUUCGAGGUGCUGGUCGAUUACUGCUACACCGGUCGCGUGUCAUUAAGUGAGGCCAACGUGCAGCGCCUUUACGCGGCCUCCGACAUGCUGCAGCUGGAGUACGUGCGGGAAGCCUGUGCCUCCUUCCUAGCCCGCCGCCUUGACCUGGCCAACUGCACGGCCAUCCUCAAGUUCGCCGACGCCUUCGACCAUCACAAGCUGCGAUCACAGGCCCAGUCCUUUAUAGCCCACAACUUCAAGCAGCUCAGCCGCAUGGGUUCGAUUCGGGAAGAGUCCCUGGCAGAUCUGACCCUGGCCCAGCUGCUAGCUGUCCUGCGCCUGGACAGUCUAGACAUCGAGAGUGAGCGGACCGUGUGUCACGUGGCGGUACAGUGGUUGGAGGCGGCUCCCAAGGAGCGGGGUCCCAGCGCUGCAGAAGUCUUCAAGUGUGUCCGCUGGACCCACUUCUCUGACGAAGAUCGGGGCUACGUGGAAGAGCUGCUGACCAAGCCCAUUGUAAAGAAGUACUGUCUGGACCUUGUUGAAGGGGCCCUGCAGAUGCGAUAUGGUGACAUGUUGUGCAAGUCUCUGGUGCCCAAGCCAGAGAGCAGCAGCAGUAGCUCUGUUGUGUCCAUAGCAGAAAAUCCACCCCAGAGGCUGGGUAUGUGUGCCAAGGAGAUGGUGAUCUUCUUUGGCCAUCCCAGAGAUCCCUUUCUGUGCUAUGACCCAUACUCGGGGGACAUUUACACAAUGCCAUCACCUUUGACCAGCUUGGCUCACACUAAGACUGUCACCUCUUCAGCUGUCUGUGUCUCUCCAGACCAUGACAUCUAUCUGGCCGCCCAGCCCAGGAAGGAUCUCUGGGUGUAUAAACCAGCCCAGAAUAGUUGGCAGCAGCUUGCUGACCGCCUGCUCUGCCGGGAGGGCAUGGACGUGGCAUACCUCAAUGGCUACAUCUACAUCCUGGGUGGGCGGGACCCCAUUACUGGAGUGAAAUUAAAGGAAGUGGAGUGCUACAGUGUCCAGAGGAACCAGUGGGCCUUAGUGGCUCCUGUACCACAUUCCUUCUAUUCCUUUGAACUCAUAGUGGUUCAGAACUAUCUUUAUGCUGUGAACAGUAAGCGCAUGCUCUGCUAUGAUCCUAGCCAUAAUAUGUGGCUGAACUGUGCCUCUCUUAAACGGAGUGACUUUCAGGAAGCCUGUGUCUUCAAUGAUGAGAUCUACUGCAUCUGUGACAUCCCAGUCAUGAAGGUGUAUAACCCAGCCAGGGGAGAAUGGAGGCGUAUUAGCAAUAUUCCCCUGGACUCGGAGACCCACAACUACCAGAUUGUCAAUCAUGGCCAAAAGUUGCUCCUCAUCACUUCUACAACCCCUCAGUGGAAAAAAAACCGGGUAACUGUGUAUGAAUAUGAUACAAGGGAAGACCAGUGGAUUAAUAUAGGGACCAUGUUAGGUCUUCUGCAGUUUGACUCUGGCUUUAUUUGCCUCUGUGCUCGUGUUUAUCCUUCCUGCCUUGAACCUGGUCAGAGUUUCAUCACUGAGGAAGAUGAUGCACGGAGUGAGUCUAGUACUGAAUGGGACUUAGAUGGGUUCAGUGAACUGGACUCUGAGUCAGGAAGUUCAAGUUCUUUUUCUGAUGAUGAAGUCUGGGUACAGGUAGCCCCUCAGCGAAAUGCACAGGAUCAGCAGGGUUCUUUGUAA